GAAAAUUAAAGAGAAGCUUUUAAAUUUUCAGUCUGACAAAAUCUAGAUUAACAAUGCAUAAGAAAGUUCAUAGAGAACAAAAACUAUUUAAGUGUUCCAUGUGUUUAAAAGAAUUUAAACACAGAUCAAAAUUUACAGUACAUAUGAAGGUUCAUAUGAACGAGAAACAUCAUAAAUGUUCAGUGUGUGAAAAAGGUUUUACUCAAAAAUCAAAUCUAACACAACAUAUGAAAGUUCAUACAGGAGAGAAACCACAUAAGUGUUCAGGAUGUUUAAAAAGUUUUACUCAAAAAACAUCUCUUAGAAGACAUAUGAGAGUUCAUACUGGAGAGAAACCAUACAGAUGUUCAGAGUGCCUCAAAGACUUUUCACAUAAAUCUUCUCUAACACAACAUUUGCGAAAUCAUGCAGGGGUGAAACCCUAUAACUGUUCUGGGUGUCUGAAAACGUUCACUGAGAAAAAAAAUCUACUCCAACAUAUGAGAGUUCAUACAGGAGAGAAACCAUACAAGUGUUCAGAAUGUCUAAAAGAUUUUUUAUUAAAAGCAACCUUAAGAAAACACAUGCUAAUUCAUACGGGAGAAAAACCCUUUCAGUGUUCAGUGUGCUUAAAAGACUUUUUUAUAAAAGCACAUCUAACACAACAUAUGAGAGUUCAUACAGGAGAGAAACCAUUCAAGUGUUCAGAGUGUUUAAAAGACUUUUCUCUCAAAGCAUCUUUAAUAAAGCACUUGAGAGUUCAUACAAAAGAGAAACCAUACAAGUGUUCAGAAUGUGUAAAAGAAUUUUCUUACCAAUCAUGUCUAAUACAACAUAUGAGAUUUCAUACAGGAGAGAAACCAUAUCAGUGUUCAUUGUGUAUAAAAGAUUUUUCUGGAAAGUCAUCUCUAAUGCAACACAUGAGAAUUCAUACUGGAGAAAAACCAUAUAAGUGUUCUGAGUGUCCAAAAAAAUUUUCUGUAAAAUCAUCUCAGCUAGAGCACAUGAGAGUACAUACAGGAGAGAAGCCACAUAAAUGUUCAGAAUGUUUUAAAGGUUUUAUAAGAAAAUCACAAUUAGCUCAACACAUGAGAGGUCAUACAGGAGAGAAACCUUACAAGUGUUUAGAGUGUUUAAAAAACUUUACAUAUAGAUCAUCUCUAAUAUUACACAUGAGAAUUCACACAGGUGAGAAACCAUAUAAAUGUUCAGAGUGCUUAAAAGGCUUUUCAGAAAAAAUCAUCUUUAAGGAAACAUGUGAGAGUUCACACAUAAAAGAAAAUGUUUUAGUGUUGUGUCUAAAAUUCUUCAAGCUAGAAACUUAAUCAAACUUAACUCAUGAUUCCAAAUGAUAAAUGUAACUUGAGUGUACUAUCACCGUAAUGGGACUAGAGGAAACCCUUAAAGUGGUCUGGAAUUUACCCAUUCCCAUGGUUCUAAUUUCUAAAAUGAAAAUGCAGUUUUAGACUGUAUUUGCAGAAACCUACAGAAUGUUGUCAUACAUGGCACUGUUACUGUUCUGCUCCUACUAGUACAAAGAACAUUCUUUACUUAUCCCUCACAAUUGUUGUCUGGAUAACUGUUCUCACUAGUCCUCACUUCAGUGGGCCUGAAUAUGACCCUGAGUGAUAUAUAAAAUAAAAAGUAGUUAAUUAUUUCUCUAGUCAUGUUUUGAUAAGACUUUGAUACUGUCAUUGCAUAUCUUACAACCUCACAGGAUGAUACCCUUUCCACUGUUUUAACAUACCCAACUUUGUUUGUGUGUAGAACUGUUGUCUUCCCUCGCACAGUCUUUCUGAUACAUUUUUUUUUUUAAGAAAUGUACAGUUGUUUGAUACCUAUUAGAAGUCUGUGACUUACAUGUCCUCAGUGUUGAAUGCAUGUGCAUCUGAUGCAAGGUUGGCAUCACUUUUCCAUCAGUGUGGCCACUUUCCAGUAGUGCUUAAAGUGUGUCAUAGGUUGACAGUUAUGGACCUCAUGCCAGAUUCUUUGUAGUAUUGAAAUUACUAGCAUUUCUGAUAUUUAAUCAAGUUCUGUCAGUUAAUACUAGUAUGCCCUAACAGUACCACAGAAAUUUAUAAUGACCUGUUCUAUAAGCAUUUCCCACCUGGACUUAAAACGAGUUGUGCUAUUCUUACCUGUGAAUAGACUCUUACCACUGCAUCCUGUAAUUGUAAACCAACAGUUACUGGUGCCAUAGCACUCCAGUGGUUUCCAACAUUUGCAUGUGUGUUAUUACACAUCACUAUGUAUAACAUCUCAUGUCAGUAGCUGCUGCUUCUUCCUUCACUAUAGAGGACAGCUGCUGAAAAAGACUAUCUUGUGUUACAUGUUAUCAGAAAAAAAAAAUCACUUCUGGUUUGAUAAAUGUUAACUGUAAUAAAGAAUAUUUCAUCUUAAG